AUGAGCGUGUUUUCGGAUGAAGUCUUGUCCUGCGAUUCCUUGAAGCUGGAGUUCGAGCGCUUGGAAGCCAUGUGCUUGGGCAGGGAGGGCCCCGUGUCGGGGUGGGCGAAGGUGGACAAGAUGAUGACGUGCGUCCGAGGCCGAAGAGACUAUUACAGAUUCCUCGCCCGAAGCAUCAAAAGCGGCAUAGUGACGGGGGUCUUCUCAACGGUCAUGGGAAAGGAUCUCUUGGUGGGCGGCCGAGGAAAGAUUGGCAUAUGGGAGACGCUGUGCUGGAGGUAUUCGUACAUGAGAGAACUCGUGACCAAGUGCAUCGAGAAGCCCGAGUCGCAGCAGAAGGCACGAAGCUUGGUCUUGGACCCGGAGCGUCACGACGAGACAUAUGCUGGAAGUUGCGUUUGGAUGGCGGCCGAGAAGAAAUCGGUGCAGCUGGUGUUGGACCUGAUGCACGAGAUUCAGGGCGGCGAGUUCGAUGCCAGCCUUCGGGGUUUGGCGAAGAACCAGUCCGGGGCGUCCGUGUCCGAGAUGCUCUCCUACGGAUCCUUCGCCGACGUGAUCGCCAAGGUGGAAGAGCAGAGGACGAAGGAUUACCCCCCGACAUCGCUCAACGUCCUGUCUUUGCUCACCGAAGGCGAGACGAGAAGCGGAGCAGGUCCGAGUGGUGUUUCUCUCGAGCCGACGUCCGAG